UUUAACGUCUUCUUUUGACGAAUUUACAGCUCGAAUGGGAAUUUACCAGGUGCUUAAUGGUGUAAAUUUUUCGGGUCGAAAAUAUUUCCAAAGAUAUCUGAACAUACACAUAUGUAUUAUGAAGUCUGCAGAGAAGCGUUUUAUUUAAUCUUGAAAAUAUCUUGAAAAAAUAUUAAUAUAUAAAUAUAUAUGAAUAAUAAUAUAUGAAAAUUAUUUCAAAUAGAGGAUUAUAAAGACAUGGUAAUGAAAAAUCUAGGAUAUAAAAACAGCCGUUAAAGAAAUAUCUAAAAGAUAUGGUAUUUCCUAAACAUAUUUAUUGUAGUUCCACAUCAGAUAAUGGAAGUCUGAAAUUAGCGAAGUUUGGCUUCUUCACUUGUAUGUUUUUGACUGUUUUUGGUUAUCAAUCACUAGCGUGGAUAGAUGAGUUGGGUGAAAAAGUGGCGUAUGAUAAAAGAUUGAGGCCAAAUCACCUUGGUGGUCCAGUAAACAUAACUGAACAGAUCUACAUUAUCUCACUUGGUCCACUGGAUGAGCAAACCUUCACGUACGAAUUAGACUUUUAUCAUCGACAAUGGUGGCAUGAUCCACGUUUGAAACGCAACAAUACACACAAGGAUAUCACCUAUGAUCGACCUCCACGACAUCUGUUCUGGAUUCCUCAUGUCGCCAUCUUGAAUGCUAAGAAAACGAAGAAGGACGUGGAUUCGGUCAGGACUGUUAUUUCAGCAACAGGAGAUAUUUACGUUAGCCAAAGAAUCCAAGCUAUCUGCACAUGCGUAAUGGAUUUACAUUAUUUUCCAUUUGACACGCAACAUUGCCCAUUCAUAAUGGAAAAUUUUGCAUUCUCCAAUGAUGAUGUGAGACUAACUUGGGAAAAAAAUGCUGGUGUACACGACAACAAGCUACAACUAUCUGGCUACUCUCUCACGAGGAUCGCACAAAGAGAAUUUGUUAAUAACUACACAUUAAAAGGCCAAAACUUGUAUUACGACCGCUUGGAAGUACAUUUUAUUGUCAAGCGCACUUUUGUUUACUUUGUGCACCGUGCAUACAUACCCACAAUUGUACUGAUGGUAUUCAACAUGGGUGCAUACUGGGUGCCUCCAUCUGCAGUGCCAGCUCGAAUGACUCUAAUUGUCACUACAUUAUUGGCUAUAGUUGUCAUUUUACAAAGUGUUACAGAACAGACCGUGAAAGUACCAUACACAACACCAAUGCAGCUAUUUCUUAUUGUUAAUGUCUUGUUUAUUGUUAUCGCUGUCAUGGAAACGCUUUUGGUAUUGUACUUGAAAAAUAGAAAACACGAACAGGAGAAAGCAAAAUUGAAAACUGAAAGGGAAGAGUGUAACACAGAAGGGUGCGAGGAUGAAAAAAACGAAACAAAAAGCAUACCUAUGGACGGCUACAGUAUGCUGUUCGAUUCUACAGUGUUAGUCAAAUGGUUAGAACGAAAACGAGAGGCUAAGUUAGAGUAUCAUGUCGUUGACAGGUUUUGCCAAUACGCAGUACCUGGAAUGUACAUUUUGUUUUGCUGCAUAUACUUCAUUAACUACAUUUCAUUUGGAAAUGGUCAGGAUGAGUACUGGAAUUAGUGAUUAUUAUUUUAAGUAAAACAAGAAAUGAUCUUGGUUGUGAACGACUCCACGAACAAACAGAGUUACAACACUGGAUACAAUAAUAUUAUUGGAAAGCAACGUGCCAUUUAAGGCGUGCUGACGCCAGCAAAAAAAUAGUAGCUUUUAAGAUUUUGGAACUAACUGAAUAACCGAAUAGCCUAAAUUUUAAAGUCGCCCUGAGCAACGAAAAGUUCAGCGCAGGUGUCACUUGCGUCGUUAGAAAAGACAAUCUUAAUGCUUGUGGUUACCUAGUAGUUACGAACUUCGAAAUCUAUGAAACGCCGGAACUGCCAAAAGUGUUUUCAAUUAUAGCACACUUUACAGUUCAAGUGUGCUUUUGUCUUUUUCUAGCCGAAUUUUUUUACGUGGUAGUGAUAUCAUUACAUAGUAGUCACAUGCUGUUACGUGGCGGUGACAUGUCGUUGAGUUGCGAUAAUAUAUCGUUACGUGGUGGCAGUUUUGGCGUUCCAUAGAAAUCUUAGUCUCCUUACUACUUGCUUAUUUCUACGGUUGUAGAUUGUUUCCCUUGUAUUUCAAUGCAAAUCUAAAUUAUAAACUACGUUAAUUAUGAGAACUAUUUUUUGAUUCUGUUUAUGUCUCAUUACUUCUACUUUUAAUAAUCUCUAUAAUAAUAGCCGUAUUGUGUCUGUUCAAAAGGGUUACCGAUUUUCCUUUGAUCUUUCCGCAAUUUUUUAGAAACCAGGGGGUUGUUUAAUUGGAAAUCUUAUGAUUGAUCAAAAUAAAUUACAGAAAAUAAUUUAUUUCCUUACAUAAUUUUAAUUAAUUUAAUUGAUAAACCUCUAAUUCAAAAAACAAAUUAAGUGAUUAAAAUAAAUUCAUUAUUUUAAUGCGCCAUUUUUAAUAAUAACUUACCCCCGUGACCUUAAUCGCCGAUACCGCUCAGGACCCACAGAAAACAAAUAGGAUGGUUUUACUGACAGUUUAACUGACAUUGUUUUGACCGCUUGCACGUGUAUACCAAUCAAAACGCCUCAUUCUUUGAAAAACCAAUCCAAGACUUUCGCGGCCUAGACAUGCCAACAAAGAAACAUGAUGGCCAUUUUAGUUUUUAAAAAGUAAUGGUGGUCAGUGUUGUUUCUAAGUCUGUUUCACCUUUUUGUCUUCUAUAAGCUUUUUAUAUUUGUAAUAUUUGUUUUUUUUAUGUUCUAAAAUGUGAAGAUAAAUAUAUUGUCACGUUUUUUAGCUACGUACAGAUCUUAAACGCACCAGUUUUAGGGUUUUUGGCUAGGUACGAAUAUUUUGAAGACUAGCUAGCUAAUAGCCUUACUUUUUACUAAUUUUGUUUGGUAUAGGAGGUUUUUCUCCAACCCAACAUCUAUUUUUAUGUCGAGGAUGUAGCCACUUAGCUAGCUCAUAUAUUUACCUAAAAAGUGAGAGUAUAAAAAUUCAGUUUGGCUAUCAAUAUCGCAAUAUUCUCAGCAAUAAAUCUUAUGCUAAAUGCAGUUUAGCUAGGUAGCUACAUCUUUAAUUAUUUUCCUUGAAAAAUUUUUUGCAAAUAAAAUGGCUGAGUAAUUGCUUUAGCUGGAGGGGUAACGACAGGCUGUUUCAUGUGUUGUCAUUUAAACCGAAGUUGUGAUAAAGUUUUUUUGGCGAAGGGUACUGUUUAAGUCUGUUUAACUGUACUAAGCGGUUAGCUCAGUGUUAACAAUAGCCUUUUUUUUGAAAAAGGCUGUUACGCCUAUACGGGUCAGGGGCGGAUCUAGGAUUUUUUUCUGGUUAGGCAAAAUUUCAUAGAUUUUUUGGCAAAGUAAUGUCAAGGGUUGUGGUGUUGUACGAGGUAAAUCGGCCGUUUUGUGUUUUUGCUGUAAAAGGAACUAAAAUUUUCCCAAAAGUAAGGUUUUUAGUUAUUAAGAAUCCUUCUAGAUUAGAAACGAAAGUUUCUUUAUAGCCAAACAAAUAACAGUAACCCCCGUAGUUUUACCACUUUAUCCUUGUUAAAACAUGCGGAUGGAAAAUGCGUCUGGUUAGCAAAUUCGAUUUGAAACAGGGUUAGCGUUUCCAUAAUUUCUUUGAAUCACAUAUUGGUAUUAAGUAUCUUAGCAUCUUUUUUCGUUUUGCGCACAUAAUACGAGUACAAGUAAUAAGUUGGGGAUUUGCUUCAUUUCAAAACAUGCAAUAAGUCUAAUAACUAACAAUACAACAAAAAAUUACAUUACAAGACAAUUUUAGGAAUAGAUAGUCAACAGUAGUGCAACGUAGAAAUAUUGUUUGGAAAAUUAUAGUCUGUGGUAACAACCUGCAAAUGCACAAAGAAAACCAGCAUAUAAAAGAAUGAAAGAUUUCCAGUUAGACUUACAGUGUAAGAUCGCAACAUAUAAUAAACGUGUACAAAAAGUAUAUAGUAAUCACCUCUUCAUGAAGUUAAUACAGUUUAGCAUUAGGGUUACUGGUGUAGUUUUGCACCAAUUUCUAUUAAGCAUUAAUUUUAAUGCUAUGAAAUUCCCACAAGAGAAAGGCAGUUUAUUAAGCCAGAAAAGAGUUAGAAAU